UGCCAGUUAUCGGAAUUUCUCUCCUCACGAGCUGUCACGCUGACAGUUCGAGAGGAGAGCCGCCCCAGCAGUUCCACCUGUCAGUGCCCAUCAAUGCCAUCUGUUAGUGCUCAUCAAUGCCAGCUGCCAGUGCCCAUCAGUGCCUCAUCAAUGCCACAUAUCAGUGCCCAUCUGACUGCCUUUCAGUGCCACCUAUCAAUGCCAGUCAGUGCCACCUCUCUGGGCUGCCAAUCAGUGCCACCUAACAGUGCCAGUCAGUGCCACCUGUCAGUGCCGCCUAUCAAUGCCAUAUAUGAAUGCUGCCUUUCAGUACCCAUCAGU